GGUAACACUGUCAUAUGUCAAAACUCAUGAUGUAAAUGUCACUGUCAGCUACUUUAUUGUUGAAAAUUGUAGAAACUGGGAAAAUAAUAUCACAUUGACUGCAAAAGUUUGUUUUAAAAUUAUUGUGGUGGCUAACAUAAGUCAUUUCUAUUAAAAUAAUAUAGUUAUUAGGAAUUUUUUAAAAUGGUUUUUUCACAAUUUUCGCUCUCAUGGGAUUCGCAUAAAGCAAAUAUUUGUGGGGGAUUUUGUGCCUUACAGCAGAAUGGAGAGUUUGUGGAUAUGACAUUAGCGGCUGAUGGUCAUUUUGUUAAAGUUCACCAAGUAUUAAUGGCACUUUCGAGUCCAUAUUUAAAAGAGUUGAUUACUUCAGCACCUUGUCCACAUCCUGUGAUAUUUCUUAACAAUGUUUCUCAAUCUACACUUACACUUUUGUUAGAAUAUAUCUAUACUGGAGAAGUUAUGGUUCCACCUGGAAAUUUGACCUCAUUUAUGGAAGCUGCUAAAUCGUUACAUAUAAGAGGCCUUGAAUCAGUUCAAAGUGAUACAAGACCAACACAUAAUAAAACAGUAUUAACACAAAAGGACACAGAAGAUGAAGACAUUUCUACCAACAGGAAGAGAAAAUGUAGCGAAGUUAUAGAGCAAGCUUUAAGUUUACCAACUACGGCAAGAAAAAUAUCUAUCAAACCCAGUGCUGCUACUCCUAUCGUAAAAAAGACCGCCAGUACUGAUAUUGAAAGGGACAAUGACAAUGAGUAUUCCAUGGAUUUUGAUACUAAUGAUUCAGAUAACCUCGAUGUAUCACAAGAUGCUGACAAAGCCACAGAUAAUGCAGUGAAAUCGACAAAUCUCCAAUUCACGGUAUCCAUACGAGGUUCUCUGCAAGUGAUAUUGAAUCGUUUUAUGUACAAUCUUCAGUCGACACAGAGCACGGGAAUUAAACGCUGGCGAUGUAUCGACUAUCGUAACCAUCGGUGUAUGGCAUUCCUCAUUACUAAGGGCAAUGUUGUUUUGAAUAGAGGUAAUCCCCACUGUCAUUCCUUCCACGACAAAAAAAUACUGGCGAAAAUCGAAAAGAACGGCGUGUAUUCAGCUCUCUAUGAAUUAGAAGCUCAUCAAGAGAAGGAAAAAGAAAAACAGAGGGAAGAUCAGUCGAAUAUCUCGAAUGUGGAAUAUAUACCUGCGAGUGUUAGCCAGUUACCCGACUUGUCGGAUAAUUCUAAAUCAAACAAUGAUAAGUUUCGCGUAGAGCGCGGCUGGUGUGAGACGUAUACAUUUUUAUAUAAAGUUUACAUAAUGAAAGUUAAAAUGUUUAACAUAAAAACAUUUAUUCUCGUGGUAUAUGUACAUUCAAUUUUUUGUAAGUCUCUCUCCAGUCAGAAUAAGUCAAAUUUACAAGACGACUAUGAAAAGGACCCAGCUGUGAAUAGAUUACGAGAAUACAUUCGUAUCGAUACCAGCAAAAGUAAAAAUUAUGAGCUAGUCGUAGAGUUUUGGAAAAGAUUGGCUUCAGAAAUUGGAUUACCAAUAGCUAUUUAUAGACCAGCAAGUUUUCCAGUGUGUAUUAUGACCUGGGUUGGGAAGCGACCGGAUUUGCCCAGUAUAUUGUUAAACACUCAUUCUGAUGUCGUUGAUGCUUACGAAGACCUGUGGAGCUAUCCUCCAUUUGAAGCAGUUAUUGUAGAUGGAAAUUUGUAUGGACGAGGCGCACAAGAUACAAAAAGUCUUGCAAUUCAACACUACGAGGCGAUUCGCAGACUUAAGUUGAAUAACAUUACCCUGGAUAGAACUAUUCAUAUAUCGAUACUGCCAGAUGAAGAAAUCGGAGGGAAUCGUGGAAUAAAAGAAUUUGUAAAAACAGAUUUCUUUAAGAGAUUAAACGUUGGCUUUGCAUUAGAUGAAGGACUGACAAGUCCAGACAAUUUGUUCUUUUCUACAUAUCAAGACAGAAGACCAUGGCAAAUCAAUAUGACUAUAUAUGGCCAAGGAGGACAUGGUUCACAAGUUAAACAGAACAACGUCAUCGAAAAGCUUCAGGGUCUAUUAAAUUCUGUGAUGACGUUUCGAAGUGAACAACAACGAAUUACGAAUAGUACUCCUUUCGAUUGGGGAGCAUCAACUUCGAUAAAUGUUAACAUUAUUAAGACCGGCAUCGCAACUAAUAUAAUUCCUAAUGUAAUGACUGUUGUAAUUGAUAUGAGAUUGGCCACCGACGCAAAUGUGACUGAUAUUGACGAUAUGGUCAAUUCUUGGCGAGAGGCAGCAGGACCGCUGACCAAAAUUGAAUAUAUUCGUCGUGACGAAGUGUCGCCUGCGACUGCAGUGGACGACUCUAACCCGUAUUGGCUCGCAAUUCAGGAUGCUGCUAUGGAAUUAAAUAUAAAAAUUCAGCCUGUCGUCUGUCCAGCGACUUCAGAUAUGCUAGUUUUGCGGAAACUUGGCAUUCCUGCUCUUGGCUUUGCCCCGAAUGUUAACAUGGCCGUGCGUAUGCAUAACAACGACGAAUACAUGCCAAUCGAAACAUUCUUAAAUGGUAUUAGUAUAAUUACAACAAUUGUACACAAAUUAGGCAAUGUAGCUGCUGUGUAAAGAUAGCUUUUCUACUUUAAGAGUUAAGGUUCAAAUUGUUGUAAAUAUACGGUCAGAUUUGGGAAUGUAACAUUAAAAAUAUUCAAUGUUAUUUAUAACUUUAAGAAUAAAUUCAUACUAAUUAAACUCUUUUACUGAU